UCUUUAUCUCCUUUUAUGAUUAUAAUAUCUCACCAGCUUCUACCUACGUUAUAUAUAUAUAAGCUCUUUUACGGGUUACCUCCAAAGAAAAAUAGAAACAAAAAAUGGGGAAUUGUUUAAGGCAUGAAUCAGAAAUGCAUUGGGCUGGUGAAGACUGGGAUGAAUUCAUCACAGAAGAUGAAGAAGAUCAUCAUUAUAGCUCUAAAACCACAAGAGAUGGCAAACCAGUAAUUGUAACACGUGACAGUAAAUCCUCUGUUCCAUCUCAUGAGAUCAAGAUCAGGCUCACGAAGAAGCAACUCCAUGAUUUACUGAGUAAAGUCAACGUCCAUGACUUGACCUUCCAGCAACAAACCUUCUCAUGUCCAAUCCUGAACAAUCGCGGGUACGAAGAAGCCAAUCAACAACGGUUAUGGAGACCGGUUCUACAGAGCAUACCAGAAGUUAACUGAGUUUUGUUUUCAGAGAUGGCCAUGUUUGUAUAUGCUUAGGGUUUCUUCACUUUCUUGAUAUGUGUUAGGGUAAGAGUUUUGAUGUAAAUUUUGGUUUGGACACAUGACGCUUCUGUUUUUGUUUGUUAGAAUGUAAAUAAAAAAGCAUAAAAGCAGAAUCAAAAAGCUUGUUGUUAAUACCAGGACUUACUUGAUUUAGCUGAAACUUGUCAUGACAUGAAACCUCUCUUCUCCGUUGUUGAUCCUCUCUCUCUUUGACUAUCCGCCGGAGCUUUCUGUUUCUGUUUGGGCUUCGCGGGAGGAAAAGAAG